AUUCAUAAGAUGGGUCUAAAAGAUCUUCAAAGCAAGUUCAAGGCAUUCGCGGUGACUCGGUUUCUCACAGGAAAUGUGGAGAGAAGUAAAAGAAAGGGUUCACAGAAACAUUCAUGGAUGACACCCAUCACACAUGGGUUCCAUGUUAUUGAGGAUAGAUCAUUGAGAGGUGGUGGAUCAGGGGACUUGGAUUCUGACUCUGUUUUGAUACAAAGAGAGCAAAUCCAGGAUCAAGAAGUGUGGAUGUUUGGAGUCUUUGAUGCUCAGAUGGGUAAUGAAGUUACUGGAUACUUGCAGUCCCAUCUGUUUGAUAAGAAACUCAAUGAGUCUCAAUUUAGGAGGAAGACCAAGGAGACAAUGAAAAAAGCAUAUCUUUCAACAAGAACACAACUAGAUGAGGGAGAGAGUGAGAAUGAGAGAACAAGAAAAAUGGGUUCCACACAUGCCAUUGUGAUGAAUGGAGAGAAGGUGGUGGCAGCAAACAUGUCUGACUAUAGAGCUAUUAUAUGUAGAGAUGGUGUGGCUAAUCUGGUAGGCAAAAGGUACAAUCGCAGGGCUAAGAGAAAUUGGUCUCUUAAUCUCCUUUCAGGUGGAUGGCAUAUGCCAAAAAUACGUAUAUUGGCAUGUGAAACUGGCAAUACUGGUAGUAAACCUUCUACCUCUGAACCAGUUGUUGGUGUUGAGAAGAUUGACUCUGAUGCAGAGUUUCUUAUUCUGGCAAGCAAUGGCAUAUGGGAGGUUAUGAAUAAUCAGGAAGCUGUGAAUCUCAUUAGGCAUAUUGACGAUCCACAAGAAGCUUCCGAGUGCUUGGCAAGGGAGGCUUUAACAAGAAUGAGCAGAAGCAAAAUAUCUUGUUUAGUCAUUCGUUUUGAUUGAUAGAAUAAGUAGUUCUUUCACCAACAAGUCCAUCCAGUC